AUGGAGACGCGGCGGUACGGUACGGAGGCGGAGGGCUCACGCAGUCUCCAAGGACACGUCCGAACGUACGGCGGCCCGCGGGCUCCAAACCGCGCGGAGGGCGCUUGGGGACGGUACUGCGCCUGCGCGCGGGCGCGGGUCUGGGCGGAAGGAUUCCGCCGCUCCCGCCGCCUGCGCCCUGCUCUGCUGGGCGGUCGGUCACACGGACGGAGGUGGAGUGUUCCCGACAAUGGGGACAAGUGCGCCGAGGCCCAGAGCGUCCUGCUGCGGGAGGGAAGGGGCCGCGGGGAGCCGCUGAUCGCACGCACGAAAAGGCUCGCUUUCCAGGUUAUACAAAGAUGCUCCAGUUCACCAGCGAGCAGGGAAACACAGUUUUAUCCAAAUGAGACACCACUUCACCCUCACUCAGUUGGCAAAAAUGAAGAGGUCAGGAAGCCCCCGUGUUCGUGCCUGUGGCUCAUUCUGCCGUCAGGGUGUCUGUCAGCCCCUGGGGCAUGUGGGAAGGCACCGGCUCUCCUGUGUCGGCUGGACUCCCACGUACAGUCACCCCACAUUCCCCUCUGGAAUCUCACAAACAGAGAUGCGUCAGGAUAGGUGGGUGGAGAUAUUCACAGCAGCCUCCCCCACUUUAGCAAAACCUGGAAAGGACCCCAAAGGCCAAGACAGGAGAAAGCCAUGAAAUGAGCCAGCACUGGCUGCACACAAUGAAAACAGGUCUUAGAAACAGCUUUUGGUGGAAAAAAAAGCAAAUUCCAGGAGACCAUAGAGUAUGAAACUUUUUUUAUACAAGGAAAACUAAAUAAGUUGUAAAUGUGAAUGGUAGGAUUCUAAAACGACAAAAACCAAGGGUCAGGUUGGCCCGUGAUCUGAGCUGGGGGAGCAGGAGACGGGGCAUGUGGCUGGUGUUGAGGGUUGGGCUGUGUCCCCCGAUUGGAGCCCUGACCCCAGGACCUCAGACGUGACUUACGUGGAGACAGGGUGUUUAAAGAGGAGAUGGGUGUUAAACAUGGUCAUGGAACGGCCCUUCUCCAGUGUUACUGUGUCCUUACAGGAAGAGGAGAUCAGGACACAGUCACGCAGAGGGACGACCUGUGAGGACGCGGGAAGAAGUCUGCAAGCCAGGGAGGAGCCAGCUCUGCUCACUCCUUAAUGUUGGACUUCCAGCCUCAGACUGUGAGAAGAAAAAUCCCUGUCAUUUAA